AUGGUAGCUAAAUCAAAGGCUCACCGGACUAGAAUGGUGCCCAACUGGAAUUAUGAUCAUCAUCAACAGCCUUCAAGUUCUAUGACGGCCAGGACAGUACCCUCUCACUUCUUCAAGAUAAUCCUCCCAUCCACCAUGCAACAAAUGAAACUGAUGAUCCCUGAAAAGUUUGUGAGGGAAUUUGGGAAUGAACUAUCCACUGUUGCCAAACUCACUGUAACUCAUGGUCAUAUUUGGCAAGUUGGAUUGGAGAAAGUUGACAAGAGCAUUUGGUUUUGUGAUGGUUGGAAGGAUUUUGCAGAAUACCAUUGUAUUUGUUAUGGUUACUUUCUAGUCUUUAGAUAUGAAGGAAAUUCAAAUUUCCAUGUUCUUGUAUUUGAUAAGACUGCCACUGAAAUUCAGUAUCCACUGAGCAAGAAUUGUAAUUUGGAAGAUCAGGUGGAAAUCGUGGAAUUAGAUGAUGCAUACAUAUCAAUGCAUGACAAGUUGAAUGAAAAUGAAAUUUCUAACUCAGAACAGUUUCCCUCAAAAUAUGAAGAAGUGAAAGAAAAGUUUGUAAAGAAAAAAAUUUCAGGCACAUCAUCAAAAGGGGAACUCAUGAUGUCCAGAGGAGGAGAGAGAGCAAUCCAAGCUGCCAGAACGUUUAAGCCUAAAAAUCCUUCUUUCAUGGGAAUCAUACAGCUGUAUAAUAUAAGUAACCGUUACAUGUAUGUACCUGCAGGAUUUGCUUUCAAGUAUCUUCGUCAGCGACAAAUUGCCAAACUGGAGACUUCUGAUGGAAGACAAUGGCCUGUCAAUUGCUAUUACAGAGAACCUUCAAGCUCAGCAAUGAAUAUAGGGCGGGGAUGGAUUGUAUUUGCCAGGGAGAAUAAUUUAGAAGAAGGAGAUGUUUGUGUCUUUGAGCUGAUCAAGAGGAAGCCUGUUGUGCUUAAUGUGUCAAUAUUUCGUGUAGUUGACUAUGCACAUAAUGCACUACUAGUGAAAUAG